CAGCCGUGACACCAUGAGGUUAUGUUUUCGUUGCCGGAGUUUGUUUUGAUUUUGCCAUUUAAAUAUCUCUUAACCAGCGAUAAUCAAUUAAGUAUAUGCCCGUUGAUUUUCCUAGUCGCAUAAAAUUAGCGCGUGUCCAUCAAAUUGAAAUUUACCAGUGCGGGCGGUUCACUUAAGCUAGCGAGGAUCGUUAAGUAGAUCAACAUUUACAUACAAAUGGCUGGCAACUUUUGGCAAAGCUCACAUAAUCAACAAUGGAUUCUAGACAAGCAAGACUUGGUUCGCGAAAGACAGCAUGAUCUGGCUAUAUUAACAGAUGAAGAGUACCAAAAAAUAUUUAUUUUCUUUUCAAGUGUUAUUCAAACUUUGGGUGAACAGUUGAAGCUGCGGCAGCAAGUUAUAGCGACGGCGACUGUAUACUUCAAGCGAUUUUAUGCCCGAAAUUCCUUGAAGUGUAUCGACCCGCUUCUCCUGGCCCCCACGUGCAUUUUCCUGGCUUCUAAAGUGGAGGAAUUUGGCGUUAUCUCUAACACUAGGCUUAUCAGCACGUGCCAAACAGUCAUUAAAAACAAGUUUGGGUACGCGUACAGCCAGGAGUUCCCUUACAGAACAAAUCACAUUCUCGAGUGUGAAUUUUAUCUGCUCGAAAACUUGGAUUGUUGUCUCAUAGUUUAUCAGCCGUAUAGGCCGUUGCUCCAACUAGUCCAAGACAUUGGGCAUGAAGAACAACUCCUAACUCUCGCUUGGCGAAUAGUCAACGACUCUCUUCGAACCGAUGUGUGUCUUUUAUACCCGCCAUACCAAAUAGCCAUAGGUUGUCUAGGAAUCGCUUGUGUUAUAUUGCAAAAGGACCAAAAAACGUGGUUCGCCGAACUGAACGUCGACCUGGAGAAGAUUCAGGAGAUCGGAAAGAAUAUUAUGAAUUUGUUCGAACUGUGGAAAACCUACGACGAGAAAAAGGAGAUCCAAGGACUUUUAGGGAAAAUGCCUAAGCCAAAACCACCGCCGCAAAGAUAGGCUCUGAUACUGUGGCAUUUUAUCAUUUCUAACUAAAUUAUUUUGAUGCCAAAAAGGUUCAAAAGGAUUAGUUCAUGUAGUCUGAUUGUUUAACUAUUUUCAUACCUGUGGUUCAACACAACUAACUCACGGUUGCUCUAGUAUUCCGUAUAUUCAUUCGAGAAGUACAUACUUUUAGACAAGUAUUAUCAGCACGCUUAUGAGAGUUAUAAACUGUUUAGAUUAAACAUAUUUAAGUCACUCUUUUACAGCUAUUUUUAGGAGAAGAAGUGUCUUGACUUUAAUAAAACCUCGUUGAAAAGCA